UAUAAAAGAGGCACCAGGGCAGUGAAGGCACAAGCUGUCUUCUCUUGCAAGGCUGCAUAACUGACCUUUGCUCCUUCUCUUGCUUCAGCCAUGGCCACUUCCUACAUGAGCUCUUCCUCCACCUACGGGGGUGGCUUUGGGGCGGGGGGCAGCAGCUGCCGCCUGUCCUCGGUGCGCGGUGGAGGCGUCUGCCGGGCCCCGAGCAUCCAUGGUGGCUCCGGCGGCCGCGGUGUCUCCAUCUCCUCAGCCAGGUACGUCUCCUCUUCAGGAGGAGGCUACGGCUUUGGGGGGGGCUAUGGAGGAAGCUUUGGAGGGGGGGCAGUCUGUGGCUUUGGAGGGGGCUCCGGCUUUGGAGGGGGCGCUGGCUUUGGUGGAGGAUUUGACUUUGGUGGUGGCUUUGGUGGCGGCGAUGGCCUCCUGUCUGGCAAUGAGAAGAUAACCAUGCAGAACCUGAAUGACCGGCUGGCUUCGUACCUGGACAAAGUACGAGCCCUGGAAGAGGCCAAUUCUGAUUUAGAAGUGAAAAUCCGAGACUGGUACCAGAAACAGGCUCCCACCAGCCCCGCCCGUGACUACAGCAACUAUUACAGGAUAAUUGAAGAUCUCCGAGACAAGAUCCUUGCUGCUACCAUUGACAAUUCCCGGGUCAUUUUGGAGAUUGACAAUGCCAGGCUGGCUGCUGAUGACUUCAGACUGAAGUAUGAGAACGAGCUGUUCCUGCGCCAGAGCGUGGAGUCCGACAUCAACGGCCUGCGCCGGGUCCUGGACGAGCUGACCCUGUCCAGAGCUGACCUGGAGAUGCAGAUUGAGACACUGAAAGAGGAGCUGGCUUAUCUGAAGAAGAACCAUGAAGAGGAAAUGAAAGAGUACUCGAACCAGCUGAGUGGAACAGUCAAUGUGGAAAUGGAUGCAGCUCCUGGCAUUGACCUGACCAGAGCUCUUGCUGAGAUGAGGGAGCAGUAUGAAGCUCUGGCUGAGAAGAACCGUAAGGAUGCUGAGGCCUGGUUCUUCACUCAGACUGAGGAGCUGAACCGUGAAGUUGCCACCCACACCCAGCAGAUACAGACCAGCAAGUCAGAGAUCACGGAACUGCGCCGCAACCUGCAGAGCCUGGAGAUCGAGCUCCAGUCUCAGCUCAGCAUGAAAGCCGGACUGGAGGCCAACCUGCGGGACACGGAAGGCCGAUACUGCGCGCAGCUGGCUCAGAUCCAGGCUCUCAUCACCAGCGUGGAGGAGCAGCUGAGCGAGCUGCGCUGCGACAUGGAGCGCCAGAACCAGGAGUACAAAAUGCUCAUGGACAUCAAGAGUCGCCUGGAGCAGGAGAUCGCCACGUACCGCCAUCUGCUGGAGGGCCAGGACGCACAGUUGUCAGGACUGAACCCCAAGGAUGGAUUUGGGAGCAGUGCAGGACGUCGCUCUGGCAUAGAUGAUGAUGGAAAAUCCAUUUCUACCCGUGACAGGAGAUACCAGUAAAGAAAUACCAAACCUCCACGUGGACCCAGUGCAGCCUCACACUGGCUAAUGCUGAGAUAAAGAACCUUUCACUUCCCCAAAGCACAAGAAUGUAUCCAAGAAUGUCUUUCCUUAGAUCUGCUCUGCCUUUGUACACCAGCAUUGGCUCACUGGGUCAGAGAUGCCAAAGCGUGUUUUCUGCUGGUGCCCUAUUGUGUCCUAACAAUAAAGUUUCUGUUCUGC